AUGGAAGGUGUUCAUUUCCUUGUAGCAUUUGUCCUGUUGGCUUCAGCUUCGACAUUCGUCUCAGCUUCAGAUCCCAGCCCUCUUCAGGAUUUCUGUGUAGCAACUAAUGAUGAGAAUGGCAUAGAUGGUGGUAUGUUCUUUGUUUUCUUCAAAAAGAUUUUCGUUAAUGGCAAGUUCUGCAAGGACCCAACCCUUGCAACCCCAGAGGAUUUCUUCCUUUCAGGGUUUAACAAUCCGAGAGAUCCAUUAAACCAAGUAGGAUCAGUGGUCACACUAGCCAAUGAUGAACAAAUACCAGGGCUCAACACAUUAGGUAUAUCUAUUGCACGGAUUGAUUAUUCAGCUUUAGGUGGCCAACACCCUCCUCACAUCCACUCUCGUGCCACCGAGAUCCUGGUCGUUCUGGAAGGCACGCUUCGUGUUGGCUUCGUUACGUCGAGCCCCGACAACCGUCUCUUCACUAAAGAGUUGAACCCUGGAGAUGUGUUUGUUUUCCCUGCGGGGUUGAUUCAUUUCCAGGAGAACAUAGGGAGUAGUUGUGCAGUGGCGUUGGCUGCUUUCAAUAGCCAAAACCCAGGGGAUAUUGCCAUUUCAGAUGCAGUGUUCGGCUCAGACCCUCCCAUUGAUCCUGAUGUUCUUGCCAAGGCCUUCCGGAUGGAUAAGAAUGUUGUUCACCAAAUGCAGUUAAGGAGCUGAUUGUCUAGAUAACGUUUCACCUGU